UGUAUCAUUUCCAAAAGGCAAGGAACAUGGCGGAUAGCAUGGGCGCCCAGUAGUCGCAUGAAGAGAGGAGGACGGGAGGGGAAGCUGGAGAGGGAAAGAGAGAAAGACGCACGCGCUCCAGAUGGCGUUCAUGUCCAGAUUCUCCCGGUCCCGGAGCAGCUCCAGGUCGCCCAACAGGAAGGAUUCGGAGCGCGGGUCCCGUGUGCUGACAGUGUCUGAGCUGGAACGGCUCCUCUGCACCGGGAAAACAGCCUGUAACCAUGCCGACGAGGUCUGGCCCAGGCUUUAUAUUGGCGACCAGGACAUUGCGUCAGAUCGUCGUGAGCUGGCUCGGCUGGGUAUUACCCAUAUCCUGAACUGUGCCCAGAGCAAAUGGCGCAGCGGAGCGGAGUACUACACUGGCAUGGACAUUACCUACCAGGGCAUUGAGGCCCAUGACUCGCCCUCCUUUGACAUGAGUGUCAACUUUUAUCCUGCUGCCGACUUCAUACACAAGGCCCUCAGCAGUGGAGGUAAGGUCCUGGUCCACUGCACUGUGGGUGUUAGUAGAUCGGCCACGCUUGUCCUGGCAUACCUGAUGAUCCGUCAGAACCUUGCCCUGGUGGAAGCCAUCAAGACAGUGAAAGACCACCGCGGCGUCACCCCAAACCGAGGCUUCCUACGACAGCUCAAUGGACUGGACAGCAUCUUAAGAGAGAGCCGCAAGACUCUACAGUCCCCCACCUCAUCAACCUCUCCUUAGACCAAACCAGCUAACAAGCUAUAAGACACGAGAGUUGUAACCAUACCAACUACAAAACCACGGUUAACCAGGUUAAACCACUUUUAAACCAGAUAACUUAAAUGUGAAUUAUUUCCCAUUCCGUCUUAAUCUAAUAAUGGGGGGACUGAUUGAGACAGAGAUUAGAGACUAGGUUGUAAUCUGCUUUUCAUCACCAGAAAACCAGUUUACAACCAGAAAUGUAUGAAGAUCUGAUAUGCCCCAAAAUAUUCCACUGGUUGGUUUUGUAGAAAUAUAUCUUAGGAUAAAAGCUGAAAUAAUGCUAAAUGAAAUGUCAAAUGUCUCUAACCCUGGUUCAGUCAGUAAUACUACUUACAGUAAAUGGCUUUGUUUUGGAAUACAUCAUACCUUCUAAAGAAGUAGAGACAUACAGUAACAGUCAAAAGGUUGUAAACACCUACUCAUUCAAGGGUAUUUCUUUUUUUAUAGAAUUUUCUUACCGUAUUCUCUCUUUCCUCUUCUACUUCCUGUGUCUUUCUCUGACCCACUCCAGCCUAUAUAACACAACCUAUAUGAAGUAAUCCGUCUCUGACUCACUCGUUUUGGCAAACAUUUCACUGGUUCAGUAAUCAGUAAAGAAAUAAGAGGAAAAUAGAACAAUAGUGGAAUAAUAGUGAAGACAUCAAAACUAUGAAUUAACAAGGACUCAUGUAGUAAAUCAAUUGUUAAACUAAUCAAAAUACAUUUAGAUUUGAGAUUCUUCAAUGAAUCCACACUUUGCCUUGAUGACAGCUUUGCACACUCUUUGCAUUCUCUCAGUCAGCUUCAUGAGGCAGUCACCAAGCAAGUCUCUUCUCAUUGGUGUCCUUCUGUAGUGGUUUCUUGGCAGAAAUUCAACCAUAAAGGCCUGAUUCACGCGCUCGCCUCUGAACAGUUUAUGUAUAGAUGUGUCUGUUACUUAAACUCUGUGAAUAAUUUAUUUUGGCUGCAAUCUGAGGUACAGUUAAUUGCCGAUUUCUGAGGCUGGCAACUCAAAAUAACUUAUCCUCUGCUGCAGAGUUAACUAGGGGACUUUCCUGUGGUGAUCCUCAUGAGAGCCAGUUUCAUCAUAGCACUUGAUGGUUUCAGCGACUAAAAUAGGAGACAUUUUAAAAGUUAAUGACAUUUUCAAAAGUGACUGACCGUCAUGUCUUAAAGUAAUGAUGGACUGUCAUUUCGCUUUAAUUGUUUGAGCUGUUCUUGCCAUAAUAUGGACAACAACAUUACAGACAGAAUAAUGGUCUUCUGUGUACCCACCUAACAUUUUCCCCCUCUGUAUACCAACACAAAAGCAUUAAGGAGGAAAGAAGGAAGAAAUUCCACAAAUUAAAUUUUAACAAGGCACAUCUGUUCAUGGAAAUGUAUUCCAGGUUACUACCUCAGACAUUAAAAGCUGGUUGAAGGAAUUUAUAGAGUGCGCAAAGCUGUCAUCAAAGCAAAUGUGGCUACUUUGUAGAAUCUACUUUUGAUGUCUUAGUUUUGUUGUCACUGUUAUUAUACAAUGUGGAGAAUUGUAAAACUAAAGUAAUAACCGUGAAUGAGUAGCUGCGUCCAAACAUUUGAUUGGUAUUUUAUGUAUGUGGAUGACAUUGCCAUAUCAAUCCCAAAGCCCUAAUGACUGCUUCUCAACCAAUAGUCUAGCAGUCUACACUUUUUACACAUGAGCUUGAAAGUUAAAUACAAAUGAAUAAUACAUUGUUUAAAAUAUUUUGGAACAUAUGUUCAUGUGGUAGCAACUAGGGUCUCAUGAAGGGUCAUACAAAGGCUUUAGGGUUGAUGACUCAGUAACUAGAGAUAUUAGACUAGUUCAUAUGACUUUGAUCAAAGUGUUAUGACCCCAUCACCGAAAUGUAGCAUUGAGAAUAUGUGACACUGACCAGAUACACUUCUCCAGACUUAACUGAGCAAUUAGGGUUAAGCGCCUUGCUGAAGGGCACCUUGAUUAUGACCUUCUAAAAUCAGGGAUUUGAACCAGCGCCCUUUCAGUUACGGGUCCUACACUCAAACCACUAGACUAUCUGCCUUUAAAGCCUGUAUUAAACUGAUGUUUGUCUAUGUUUUAUUAUAUGAAAAUGCUAUGACACUUCAUAUGCAUUGAAUUCCCUUCAACUGUAUUUGGUUGUUUUAAAUAUGUUUUUUAAUCUUCUCUACAUUUUCUUACUACUUUUGUAUGAUGAAGUUGUACCAGCAUGCUUUAGUCAGGUAAUGGCUUAUUACAUUGGAUUACUAGCUACUGCCUGGGCUUUUGCUUACUGGAUGAGUUAGGUCCAGUGUUCUUAAUCUUUCUUUGGUUAUUGGAUGAGGUAGGAUAGCAUUUCUCAAUCAUUCCUUGGUUAUUGUAUGAGUAAGGACAGUGGUUCUAAGUCUUUCUUUGGUUAUUUCAAAAUCUAGUACAGUACAUUUUGAUCAGUCCAGAGUACUCCUGAAGUACCCCUCAUGUGCAUUUCACCAGUAAGCCUAUAUGGUUUCGUAAACCUUCUCAAGUGCCCGCUGUUGCUAGGGAAACCUAAUGUGUCAUGUGUGGUCUCUUCAAUUAUAUUGUUUGAUUUUAUCUCUAAACAGUGCCAGAAUUAUUAUGGUCGCCUGGUUGAGUAUUGAUCAGACCAGUGUUUUAGUUUUUUAUUAUAGUAUUACUACAGUUGUACUACAGUAUUAGGUUUGAGAAGUGAGCUAAAAUAGAAAACAGUAUAGUUAGACAUACAGUCUACAAUGUUGGAGCUGUACCUGUGGCUAUGAUUAAGCUCAGUUAGUGGAGCGUUCAUUUGAUUUUUUUGAAUCUGUCUCCGUGUUCAGCGGAAACAGACUGACCAUCGGGUAGAUCAGGCAAAUGCCAGAUGGGCCAAUCCGUGUUUAGACCUAGUGAGCCUGUCUAAGUGGAGGGAUUUGCAUGGAAGUUUUAUUUGGCUGAUUAUGAGGGCAUUGAAAGAAAAAACAGUUCAGUGUGUUAGUCUUGAUGGCUCUGGUCCCAGUCCAUCCCUGGUGUUCAAAGUGUAACUGGGUUCCUGCUAUUUUAUGUGUAGUCACAAUGUAUCUACCCUUGGGAUUCGUUAAGGUCUGCGAUCUGUUGUCCCUGUGCUUGUUUUUACUACUCAACGCUCCUACCCUUCCAUUUCAUAGAGAGCCCCUUUCUACAGGACUGCAUUAACUGUCAGUUGUUUUUCAAUCACUGGUCUGUGUUAUUGAAUACAAAGAAUAAACUGUCCAGAGAAAUCGAUGCUGUGAGAAGAGACAUGUGGAUUAGUUGGUGUGAAGUAACAUUUUGUUCAUUGCCCCCAUUUUGGUAUGGAUCUGUUUGUUUUUGAUCCAAAUACAUCCAAUACUUUUAGAACUGUCUGUUUUCUUGCGUGAUCAUGGUAGUACAUUGUACAUGAUCAUAGAAAACGAUAUAUAACCCAGAUAACAUAAACAGGGAAUGUUCGACAUAUUGUAUGUAAACAAAUAAACGUAUGCUUGUUUGUAGCUACUGCACACAGAAAACUUUUUAGAAGCAAUGUUAGUCAAAAGUUAUCAAAUAUCCUGUUCCAUGCUAACGAGUGGCUCUGGUUAUGGCUCAUUGUUAAACACGUAAACCUUUUUUUUUUUCUCUUAAUGAUUUUCUUGAAAAACAGCACAGAUGCAAAGUCUGGUGACAGAAUUGCUGGUUGUGUUGCUGGUGCUGUUAUUGUGUUACCAAACUGCAUGCUCACUGUUCUUCAAGUGAUGGUGUUUAUUUUUUCAAAUGUUUGUUGGAAGUUGUUAAACAUGCAUAGAGUGCUA